AUGGCGGAGCUAGCUUCGGGAUAUCGCAAAGUGGCACCCGAAGCGAUUCCAGACCUCAUUGCGUGGCUCGGCAGGUGUCUAGCGGUGCGGCAGGAGCAGCCCAACUCGCCGCUGUGGCGCACGUCCGUGCUGCAGUUCGCCGACGUCCUCGACCACGCGCUGCUUCUCGACUGGCCCCACCACCUCCUCCCGCUUCCCUCCUCCCCACCUUCCGCCUCCUCCGCCUCGCUUGCUUCUCGCCCCCCAUCAUCCCCCGGAAGGUCUGAAGCAGAUCCAAAAAGCCUAAAGAAGAAUGGAUCGGCCGCAGCAGGACCGCUGGGAGAGGCGGAGGCAGCUGUGAGGAGUGAUAGCUGUGCAGCGGUGGAGGAGACAAAAGGUUUGUGUGCACAUGAGCAGCAGCAGCAGCAGAGCGUGGCACUGUCGGGUGCAACGGCCACGUGGGACCCAGCGGUGCGGCAGCGCUUCUGGAAGGAGCUGGUGGCGCUGUACGAGGGGGUGGUGCGCAGCAUGUGCGCAGGGGAGGGGGUCAUGAGGGGCAUGGGCACUGGGGAGUGGCAGUCUGGGUCCGUCCAAACGCUGCCGCCCGCUCAGGUGCAUGAGGACGAGGUUCUACAAGAGCGGAUGGUGCGGCUACUGGGAGAGAAGGUGCUCAGAUACUGCCAAGAUGCGCCACUGGAGGUGAAGCAGCGCCUGGUGGGGCUGCUGCUGGACCUGGCAGAGAGGGCUGUGGGGGAGGUGCAGCUCAUAGGGGUUGGCCAUGGCCGUGGGAGUUCAGGGCACAUCGGCUCAGAGAAAGGAGAAGCGCCCAGCAAGGCUGCUGCAACUGCACCAGCAAGCAACAGCAGCCUGGCAGCAACCGGCAGCAACGCAAGAAUCCUCCCUCCCACCACCAGCACCGCAUCCCACCGUUCUUUAUCAGGAGGUCAGGGGCCUAGGGGCGAGGGGAAGGCAGCAGCACCGUUGAGUGGGCUUGCACGCGUGGGCAGCUGGCUGGGAUGGGGUGCUGCUGGCGGGGCAGCAGCAGGGGGGGGACAGGGGGGGCGAGCGGAGCAGGUGAAGGCGACCGGCAGUGUGGGACGAGGGGGAAGCGAUGGGUUCAGUGGCAACGAUGGGCAUGCGGUGGUGAGGACGAGAAGCAGUGGUGCUAUCGCCGCAGGGAGUGGGAGCAGAUGCAGUGAUGGGGAGAUGGUGGGUGGGUCACAGGAUGGUGCAGGCAGGAGCAGCUUGGGUGGCAAUGAGGGCAGUGAGGGGGGGUGCAGGAUGUGGAGGGAGACGCUGCACCCAGUGUGCUUCACUGCCAUCCACCUGCUGCCCCAGAUCUGCGGGCAGCCCAAGCUGAGCGACCCAGAGAGCAGCUCCGCGGUGCAGGUGGCGUGCAUCGCCAUGCCCCGCCUCCUCGCCUUCGCCCGCCGCCGCUUGCAGCGCUUCACAGAGGACUGCCUGGUGCGCGGGGCGGGCAGUAUGGCAGCGGCGCGCAGGAGGGAGGUGAGGGUAAUCCUGGCAGGCCUCAUAGCCAUCUCACUGCACCCUGUGGUCGCCGCCCCCCUCUCGCACCUCCUCCCCGCCAUGCUCCGCUGCACCCCUCCUCCUGCUCAUGGAUUCACCACGCUCUCCCCCCCAGCAUCACCGGCGCCCUCUCUCGCUGACAGAAUCGCCACUCACACUGCGCCGCGCAGCAAGCCCGCCUCUGCCCCCACCUCUUCCACCACUGCAACGGCCGCAGCUCCCGCUGCCAUGCCUCCUGAUCCUGGCAGCAUCACCGAUGCAGCAGCGUGCGCUGCUGGCACCGGGGGAAGGGAAAAAGGCAGGGAAGGGGGCGGAGAGGAGUGCACUGAAGGAGUGAUUGGUGAGAGGGGGAGUGAGGGUGAGUGUGAGUGGCGGGUGCUGCCGGACGGGCAAGGCGGGAGCAUGGGCUGGCGCAAGGCCCACCUGUUCGCCAUCUACCCCUUCGCAUGCGACCUCAUUCUUGCCAGUGCAACCUUGUCACAUUGCCAGCUUCAAUGCUAUCCCCUUGGAUCACCUUCUCCCACCUCCCCUUCAUCUAAAUACCUCCCCCUCAUCCCACCACCUCCCCUUCAUCUAAAUACCUCCCCCUCAUCCCACCACCUCCCCUUCAUCUAA